AUGCUGCAGAUUAUCGGCACAGCAGGCCUUUUUUUCACCGGUGCAUUGAUUAUGCGCGGAGCCGGUUGUGCGAUAAAUGACCUUUGGGAUAGGAAUUUGGACCCCCAUGUUGAACGCACAAAAUUUCGGCCAAUUGCAAGGGGAGCGCUGUCUCCCCAAAAGGCGAUUUUGUUUACAGGCACUCAGUUACUGGCUGGGCUUGGUGUACUGCUCCAGUUUCCUACCCAGUGUCUAUGGUAUGGGAUUCCCAGUUUGCUUCUAGUGACGACAUAUCCCCUUGCCAAACGCUUCACCAACUACCCUCAGGUCAUCUUGGGGCUUACAUUCUCAUGGGGCGCGAUGAUGGGAUUUCCAGCAUUGGGCGUGGAUCUUCUCGCCAAUCCCGAUGCACUGAAGUCAGCGGCAGCUCUCUAUUCUAGCUGUGUCGCCUGGACAGUAUUGUACGAUAUGAUAUAUGCCCAUAUGGACAUAAAAGAUGAUGUAGCUGCAGGGAUUAAAUCAAUCGCUCUUCGCCAUGAACACAACACCAAGACCGUUCUUUCUGGGCUAGCUGCGACCCAGGUCGCAUUGCUUGCUGCGGCAGGGGUAACGGCAGGCGCUGGUCCUAUGUUUUUCGUGGGCAGCUGUGGCAGUGCAAUCCUUACACUUGGCGCUAUGAUUUGGAAAGUUCAGCUGAAGAAUGUCCAGAACUGUUGGUGGUGGUUUAAUAACGGUUGUUUGUUUACCGGAGGAGGCAUAACGUUAGGGCUACUCUUGGAGUAUCUGGCGCAAACUUUCGGCCUCUUUGAGAAAGAAGAAUUGAAAACAGAAGCGUUCCCAUCUCCGCAAUGA